UGCGCAUUUCCGCGCAACUCUCCCGGAAGCAGAGAUGUGGCCGGUUGUGUAAAAAUAGAAACUCGUUCAUUCUUUUAUUUUGUGCAACUCAGGAAAGUAAAAUGGAGUCUGCUGAACUGCGGACGGAAUUAGAAAAUCUCCUAAAAAGUCUGAAUAUUGACUUUGUUUCUGUGGAACAUCCGGAGGUUUUUACAGUGGAGGAAAUGAUGCCUUACAUCCAGCACCUGAACGGAGCCGUGGCGAAAAACCUCUUCCUAAAGGACAAGAAGAAGAAAGGCCUGUGGCUCGUCUCGGCGCGUCAUGACCGCCAGGUCAACCUGAACGACCUGGCUAAGAAGCUGGGUUUGGGCAGCGGGAACCUGCGCUUUGCGGACGAGGCGGCCAUGUUAGAGAAGCUUAGGGUGGGUCAGGGCUGUGCCACGGCUCUCGCUCUCUUCUGCGACAAGGACCAAAGCGUCAGGUUCGUCCUGGACAGCGAUUUAGCCAACGGAGGCCACGAGAGGGUUUACUUUCACCCGAUGACCAAUGCCGCGUCUCUAGGACUGAAACCGGACGAUCUGAUGAGGUUCUUGAAGGAGACGGGCCACGAACCCAUCCUCCACAGCUUUGAUUAG